AUAUGUGAGUCCCAGGACCUGCCAACUGCAUGAAAACAGGCCAGUGGAGCCUACAUCAUAAGGUGUUGCCUUUGCUGCUGUGAACCAUCUCAUCUCAGACACCUGAGACCAUGAGGAGCAGCCUUACUCUCGUUGGCACCUUCUGGGCCUUCCUGUCCCUCGUUACGGCUGUGGCCAGUUCUACUAGUUACUUCCUUCCAUACUGGCUGUUUGGAUCGCAGCUAGGAAAGCCAGUAUCUUUCAGCACUUUCAGAAGAUGCAACUACCCUGUGCGGGGAGACGGGCACAAUCUGAUCAUGGUGGAAGAAUGUGGGCGCUAUGCCAGUUUCACUGCUAUACCAAGCCUGGCAUGGCAGAUGUGCACAGUGGUGACAGGUGCUGGCUGUGCUCUGCUGCUCCUGGUGGCAUUGGCUGCUGUCCUAGGAUGCUGCAUGGAGGAACUCAUCUCUAGAAUGAUGGGGCGUUGCAUGGGAGCUGCACAGUUUGUAGGAGGACUGCUGAUAAGCUCAGGCUGUGCAUUAUAUCCUUUAGGAUGGAACAGCCCGGAGGUAAUGCAAACAUGUGGGAAUGUCUCCAAUCAAUUUCAGUUAGGAACCUGUAGACUUGGCUGGGCCUAUUAUUGUGCUGGGGGUGGAGCUGCUGCAGCUAUGCUGAUCUGCACCUGGCUCUCUUGCUUUGCUGGAAGAAAUCCCAAGCCAGUUAUGUUGGUGGACAGCAUCAUGAGGAAUACCAAUUCUUAUGCCAUGGAACUGGAUCACUGCCUCAAGCCUUAAACUUUGAACAAUUUACUAAAGAAUGUGAGAAUUGGGGG